CCUUUUUGUUUGUCCACAUCUGUGUUCAUCCAUGUCGUCUCAACAAAAAACAAACAGUAAUUGGUUUGUAGGACAUAAGCGUUAGUCCUUGGGAGGAUGAAUCAUUUAUGAAAUUAGAAUCGAAGUGGUGCUGAGAGAGUGUAGUCGUCGGCAAGAAUAAGCCCUUUGUAUGUGAUCGCCCGCUCUCGACAUUGAUUUACGCUCCCGAUGAGCAGGCCUUAAUGUUGUUAUUGCCGUAGCACAGGCGGCGGUUCCAUACUAGCUAAUCACAGAGGGAAAGAGAGACUAGUGUUGAGAUCUGAGGAUGGAAAGGAGUACGAUGCCGCGCUGUGGACUUGGACUGCUCAUUUUUUCAUUGAUGUUUCUGGCCUGCAUGCCAGCAGGAGGUUCUUUUGAAAAGAGAAUUCCAGUGGCUAAGAAAGCUGAUAAAUUUUCUGUACUAUCCUUAUUCAACCUUAAAGGCAGGAGUAAAUUUUGGAGUGAAACCAUAUUGAGGGGUGCCUUUGAGGACCUUGAAACUUCAGACCCUGCUGGUUCAGGAAAGAUGGCUUUGUUGAACUAUACAAAGGCAGGUACUAUAGCUGCCUACUUGAAGAUGUCACAAGUGGAUGCCAUAUAUCUUCCAAUUCCGAUAAAUUUCAUCUUUGUGGGUUUUGAGGGUAAAGGCAAUCAAGAAUUCAAACUUGGACCAGAAGAACUUGAAAGAUGGUUUACUAAAAUAGAUCAUGUUUUUGAGCAUACACGAAUUCCCCAACUUGGAGAGGCACUGACUCCAUUUUACAGAGUUAGAGCAGAUGGGAUUCAGCGUCACCAUCUUCCGCUCAUAAGCUCUGUUAAUUACAAUUUUUCAGUACAUGCCAUAGAAAUGAGUGAGAAAGUUACAGAAGUAUUUGAGCGUGCAAUAAAGGUUUUGUCCCGAAGGGAGAAUUUAACAGAUACCCGGUCUGAUGAGGAGCUUCUGUGGCAAGUCAAUAUGGAUGAGAUGGAUUUUUUCUUCACAAGUCUUGUUGAAUACCUUCAACUGAAUGAUGCCUAUAAUAUAUUUGUUCUUAACCCCAAACGUACGCCUAGUCGACAUACAUAUGGCUAUAGGAGGGGCUUGUCAGAAACAGAAAUCAAUUUACUUAAGCAGGAUGGAAGUAUGCGGACAAAUCUUCUCAAAUCUAAAGCACCACCAAAUCCAUUAGACAUUGAGAAGAUAAGAAAGCCUUUGUAUUCGAAGCAUCCUAUGGUGAAAUUUGCAUGGACAGCUGUUGAAAGUGUUGAAACGGCUCCGUGGGCGACUCUGUGUUUAGAGGCUCUAGAUAGUAUUGAAAAAUCUCUCAGUGGCAAGACAACAAAUGACAUUGUUUAUGGACAGGCUGAACAGAUUUUACAUGGGAAGAGCUAUGACAUUGCUAUGGCUUUACGGAAAGAGCUUAAAUCUGGGCAAAUGACAGGGAUUCAUCCAGAAUGCCUUGUAGAUGCGUGGGUUGGUAACGAUAGGUGGGCUUUUGUUGAUUUGUCUGCUGGUCCAUUUUCUUGGGGUCCAACAGUUGGUGGUGAAGGUGUCCGCACAGAGACAAGCUUGCCUAAUGUAGAAAAAACCAUAGGAGCUGUUGUAGAGAUGACCGAGGAAGAAGCUGAGGAUAAGUUCCAAAGUGUGAUUCAGGAAAAAUUUUCUGUUUUUGGAGAAGAUCAUCAUGCACUUGAUGUUCUUUUGGCAGAAAUGGAUAUAUAUGAACUUUUUGCUUUCAAACAUUGUAAAGGAAGAAAGGUCAAGCUUGCACUUUGUGAAGAACUUGAUGAGAGGAUGGGUGAUUUGAAAAGUGAAGUGGAGACCUUUCAAGGUGAGGAGUAUGAGGAAACCCACAAGAAGAAGGCAGCUGAGGCCUUGAAACGGAUGGAGCAGUGGAACUUGUUUUCCGAGAUGCAUGAGGAUGCACAGAAUUACACAGUUGCACGUGACUCAUUCCUUUCUCAUCUUGGUGCCGUUUUUUUGGGAUCUAUGCGACACAUUGUUGCACCUUCUAGUGCUGAAGGAGCAUUCCAUUACUAUGAAACAAUAUCGUUUCAGCUCUUUUUCAUCACUCAGGAGAAAGUCAAACGUGCAGAUUUAUUGCCUGUGGAAACAAGUGCCAUUAUGCAAGGGCUGACGUCUCUUAUAGUUCCUUCUCAGAAGCUUCAGUUUGCUACUCAUAUGUUGGCACUUUCAGAGGACCCUGCCUUGGCAAUGGCAUUCUCAAUUGCACGACGUGCAGCAACUGUCCCAGUUUUGCUUGUGAAUGGGACAUAUAGAUCAACUGUUCGAAGCUAUCUUGAUUCAUUUAUUCUACAGGAUCAGCUGCAAAGGCUGAGUGAAGGUGGAUCACUUAGAGGGGUACAGUCUAAUAGUCGGUCUACUCUGGAAGUUCCAGUUUUCUGGUUUAUACAGCAAGGGGAACCUCUUCUUAUAGACAAACAUUACCAGGCAAAGGCACUUCCAGAUAUGGUUAUUGUUGUGCAAUCAAGUCAAUCUGAUUGGGAGAGCCACCUGCAAUGCAAUGGCCAAUCAUUAUUAUGGGAUUUGAGGAAUCCUAUAAAAGCUGGCCUAGCAGCAGCUGCUGAACAUCUAGCUGGUCUGGUGCCACUUCAUUUGACAUACAGCCAUGCUCAUGAAAAUGCAAUUCAGGAUUGGAUAUGGUCUGUGGGAUGCAAUCCUUUUGCUAGCACCUCAUCAGGGUGGCAUACAUCAUUAUUUCAGGCUGAUAUUAUAGCUCGAAAUUAUAUCAUAACCAGUCUUGAUGAGUCUGUUCAUUUUGUCAAUUCUGCAAUUGAUCGUUUGCUCAUGGAGCGGACUGGUGAUUAUACAUUUAGAGCUUUCAGGGCUCAGGAGCAUUCAUUGAUUACCAGUUACAAUACCGUUGUUAGCCUUUGGAGACGAAUUGCAGGGGCAGUUGGGGAAAUGCGUUAUGCAGAUUCAAUGAGAUUGCUUCGAGUGCUUGAAGAUGCAUCUCUACAUUUUGUGGAGACUACAAAUGCCACACUUGCUGCCUUGCAUCCAUUUCAUUGUACUCGCCAGCGCAAGGUGGAAGUACAAUUUGACAUAUUUGAUAUCUUUGCUUUAUCUGGAUUCAUAUUGGCAGCAGCUGUACUAUGGUUCUUGUUGAGAUCUAAACGACCCAAACCAAAGAUCAAUUAGAGUAGAUUGACUUUCACUUUUGCGAAUGCACUGUACAAAGGAAGAGUUGUGAUGUGGUGGCUAACCUCCUUCCAUUAGACAAUCUGUGUAGCUUGUUUCAAUUGAAUCGGAAACAUUUUAGUUGCUCCCUUUAACUUACUGGUUCAUAUGAAUUUUGAACAGCAUAACAAGAUGUUAGAUGAAGGACGUAUUGAUUGGUUGGGUUUUAUUUGCUACUAUUUUCAUGUUGAUUAGGAGUGCAAGAAAUUUUAUGCACCAAGUUGAUAGGUGCCGAGUGUGUAAGAAAACCUUUCCAGUGUAUUUUGGAAGAUAUAUUCAAGGCAAUCUGCUGUAACAGCUAGUAUCUAUGCUGGAUUGACUUAACGAACAAAUUACUAGAAUUUGCUUUUAAGAAUGGUGUUCUGAUGUACCAUGAAUAGAGAUUUAGACCACCGUGUUGCAUUUCAGUUUCUCCUUUGCAGACUAUGGUAGCGAGAUUGAAUUUUUUUUCAAUCAAUUACGUGUCUUUUGAAUUUAAGGAAACAAAAAACAGGUAUAUUGUGCAAUUGUAAAUUCACCUUCAACUUUGAGGGUGAAUUUGGGCAUUAUCAACCAUGUACAAGUCUGAUUAUCUUUUAUAUAUAUAUAUAACAAACAUGAUAUUCACUUUUA